AUGGUUACAAUGCGCAACUUCCUUCUGUUAGGAGUCAUCGCGGCCGACGUCCUCCUUAUCUCCGACUGUUUUAUCUUGACGGAAGAUGAUGUUGUUCCUGUUUUUCCUGAUCUUCCUGCCCCUUUUAUCCCGACGCUUGGCGUUAUCGCGGCCAACGGAUUGAUGCCGUUACUCAGGGCAACGCUGCUGGCAAUGGAGACUGCCUUUGUCAUAGCAGUGUUCAUAACAGGAGGCCAGGAUCGCAGGAAGAGAUCCACUUCAGAAGAAUUAGCGAAUCUCCUUCUCUCCGCUGUCAGCCGCCUGGACACUCACGGCUGUAUCCUCAAGUUGCUGUGUCAGCUGGAGGCCGAAUCACCCGACGCGCUCUCGGUCGAGGAGAGAAGGCUCGUGGAAGCGUUCGCCGAUCGCCUCGAGCUCUUCGCCGAGGGCAGCGGCGUCGAGGAGGCCCAUGGCGGCGAUGGCCAAGGGCGGGACGGGGCUCUGUGUGACGCCCCUGCUGAUCGGUGUCCGUUUGGAGGAGCUGUGUUGAGGAGUGUGUGGCGCCGGGUCUCGGGGAGUGUUUCGGGAUUAUGGGAAAACAACGCACCGACAGUCAUGCCCGGUUUAUAAGGCUUGAGGAUGUGAACGUGUUCUUAGAUUAUUUAUUCUCUAUACCGAAUCCUUAGUGUGAUUUAGAACUUGAAAUCCACAUUUGAAAUAUGAUCACGACGGACAGUCAUGAUACCAUUAUGUCUCAUUUCAAACAUUGCACACACAUUCACAUAUAUGAAUACAU